AUGUCCUAUACUUCCAACGUUAGAGGCUCCUAUGAUGAUUUGGACAUUGAUGCUGUAAUGGAUGACAAAACGUUCACUCUACAACGUUCAUAUUAUCUCAGUUCGUCUCCACCAUACUAUCUUGAUGGAUCUUGUACUGCCUCCGUUCGUAGUCAUUAUGUUGGGGAAGAAGGUGAUUCGUUCACUUCUAACCAGUCACAUUACAUGGAUGAACUGGAUGUCCUGGAAGAACCUUCAUAUCCAGACAGUGUACCACCAAAUAGAUAUGCUAGCCUGCUAGGAAUGUCCUCAACUUUCGACUUUAGCAAUGUCGGCGAGGAAGGGUAUUCUUUCGAUUCUAACCCAUCACACUAUGUGGAUGGACGUGAGAGUGUGGAAGAGUUCUGUCCAGACAGUGUAACACCCCAGAAUAGUUACAUCAGCCUACUAUUAUGUAUGUCGUCAUUUCCGGACUUUAGCGCUGUGAUUGAGAAAUUCCACCAACAACAAACACAACAUCCCCCAUCCAACAAAUUGCGACUGGAUGCAAGAUAUGGGGUAGAAGUUCCUCCAACUGUUUCUUCUUGUAGUGUUGGGACAGAUGCCUUCACUGCUGACGGAUACACAACUACUAGGGAGACGCAAUCGGUGACUGGACUAGAAGAUGAAUUGAACCUUGAGGAUUCUGGAAUAGACGACAACAUCAAAGAAGAACCCUUGAAAGAGACAAAGACAAAUAACAGUUUUUACUGUUAUCCUCCAAGCAACUCAAGUGCCAGUGCUUACAGUCUAAUGGCUCUGGAUGAGUUGAACCUUGAGGAUUCUACAGAGGAAACCAAGCAAAUAACGGUCAAAUCUUCAAACCUCUACCCCAAAAAACACCGGUCUGUAUUCGAUGGCGUUGUUGUUCCUAAAACAGAUGAGUCUCUGAGUUGUAUUGAGGAAAGUUCUGGUGUACAUUAUGACUUUAAAGUUGAUAAAGUUGGGAUUACUGUUGACGACUACAAAGGAGAUCCUAAGAUUACAAAAAAGGUUCAACUGUCUUCUCUUCGUCGAACCAAAUCUUGUGGGGAUAUGCCAAAAUCAUUUGCUUUCAAGCCAAAAUUCUUCUCCUGCUCCUCUGAUUCAUGGCUGGACAAAGAAUAUUUUGUGGACAGUGCAUUGGCUAGAGCUAUAUUUGAUGCUCGACCACAAGAGAUAGAUUCUGAUCCUUUAUUCUCUGGAGAAAUGGAGAAUAAUGUCCAGCUGCAAUAUUACAAUCUAUUCAAAGCUCAACAACAAUUCCGCAACUGCGCCAUGGACGCUUCAAAUAUGAACUCGUUUCUGCAACUUCUUCAAUGCUCUUUCCCUUCGGAUAGCACCGAUCGUUUGCUAGACAAAUUAUUUUUCGACUAUCGCCAACUCGUAUGCCAAAAGCAGAAUGAAACUAACUUUGGGAAUGACAAAUGGGAUGAGGAAUAUUUUUGGUUGUGA